AUGACUCCGAUAAUCUUGGACCAGGAGUUCAUUAGGAACGGCUCUAUCACGAAGCAUCAACUCACAACCACCGUAACCUCAACUGCCCCGCCAGUCAACAUCCUCAAACAAGCACUCGCCACGUCGCGCCGCCACCGCCCCUCCGACAUUCUCGUCCUCCCGCAGUCCCCACCAGCCGAGGACAUCAUCAUCGUCAGGAUGGCCCCGGAGGCCGCGAUCCUCCCGAGCCCCAGGUUCCACCGCGGCCUCCAGCAGCAACGGCUAUCCAUUCGAGCGAAACCCUCGCCCCUCGCCGCGGCGCAGAAGCGUCCCAGGAUCCUGCUCUCGACCAAGAGCUUCAAGUGGGUCAAGACCGACGACGCCGUCUGGGUCAAGGUUCCCCUGGCGUCGAGGAAGCGGCGAAUCGUCCUCAAGACGAAGGAGAAAAGCAUGCAUUGA